AUGGCCGAGUACUCUCGGGGUACAGCUGAUGAAGACAAGAAGGAUGACCCACCCAAAAAAGAAGGAGAUCAGAAAGAGGGCACACCGCGGUCAAACUCAGCCCAGCGUGACACCCUGCUGACCAAAAAGAUAAUCAAGGGUCUGCUCGGCAUUGUGUUCUUCAGGCAUCCGAUCGGGCCUUCCGGAUGCCCGAACAGUCCGAAUCGACUUCCGCUGCCACCGCCGCCUUGCGGCUUGCGGGCGCCUGUACCCAUGGGCUGGCCACAUGCUGCCCCAAGGCGAGCCACUCGCGCAGCUCCAACGCGCUACCGCUGCAGGUCUCCGCGGGCACUGGCACUGUCUCGGCGUCCUCAGUUUCGUCGUCCCGGGCUGCCAAAUGCGACACCUCAGCUGAUUUGGCCUAGCAGGACACGCGGCUGCGUCCGGUGCAGGGAAUCCGUCGGUUCCCGGGUCUCGAGGGGGACUUCGACCGACGCGGUUCCCGCCACUAGUACGGUAGGCACCACCAUGGAGCCGGAGUUCUUUGCCGGUCCGGGCACUGCUGGCCACGAAUCCCAGGUCCUGGACUCCGGCGGCUUCUGGGUCCGGCCGCCUUUUGCGAUGCCUCCUGCACUAGUGGGCGCGCCUCCUCCGCACCAAACGGGCUCCACAGGCGCCAGAACCGAGGGUCCUGCAUUGCCAAAACUGCAGCGCGAAGGCAUCCAACGGUCUCGUGCUAACACGCGUUCACGGCCUGGAGGCCCCCGUCAUUGCCAAGACAGCUUGCGCAGCGGUUCGCAGAAGAACUGUGGCGCCCCGCGACGUCGAUCAGGGGAAAGCCGGGUGUCGGGUGAAGCUACUUCCGGCUCUGAGCGGCGCAGCGGCGGCAGCAUGAGAUCGAACCAUGCAAGGGAAGGCAGCCCAGAGGCAACGACGGACGGCAGACCUCGAGGAACGCGCUUCUCAGCGAUGGACCAGAACCGGCGCAUCGAAGCCACGAAGGAUCGCCGCCUGGAGCUGUCGCCCGUGUCGUACGUGGUCUUCGUUGCUGCCCUGGUUCUUACCGUUUUUUCCAUCUACGUGACAAUGUUCAUGCCAGAGAAUGUAUCCCUUGGAAUGCCACGUGAAGCCGGAGGCUCCAGGCAGCACGCAGUCGCCGUGGCAACGACCACAGUUUUAACCGCAAACGAGACAGACCCCUUACCGCCGGUCACCACUGACGUGCUGAAGAGGAUGGCGCGCAGGAGGACGCGCCGCCGAAGGACGUGACACUUCUUUCGUACACGGCCGUCUAGAUUUCAAGACUUCCACACACUGUGCCCUUAAAAUGCACGUUCCACGCACAUAUAUUCAUUGUUGUGGUAUGACUGCAGCCCACUGCCACGUGUUACUGAGUCAUCUCACCUGCCAGAGUUCUGACCCCAGAAGGAUUGAUAAAUUCUGUCACUAACGCCCAUCGUGUGACAAACUAAUGCGUGGUUG